AGAGAGAAAGAGAGAGUGGCGCUUACAGAAGCUAUUCUAGAGAGAGAGCAAAAUCUACGGAGAGAGAGAGAGCACCAUGUUGAGGUUAGCUCCCCGUCUCUUGAGGAGGUCCCUUGCACGCACCUUCGCUGAUGUUCCUGCAACUCCCACCCAGGACUCGAGCUUCGUGCAGGCAUGGCAGAAGAUCAACCCGAACCUCGACCCACCAAAGACGCCUCUAGCUUUCAUGACCCCUCGCCCUCCCACCCCUUCCUCCAUUCCAUCCAAGCUCACUGUCAACUUCGUCCUGCCUUACCAGUCCGAGCUCGCCUCCAAAGAGGUAGAUAUGGUCAUCAUCCCCGCAACAACUGGCCAUAUGGGUGUCCUUCCCGGACAUGUUGCAACCAUUGCUGAGCUAAGGCCCGGUAUUCUCUCAGUUCAUGAGGGUAGCUCAGUGACCAAGUACUUUGUGAGCAGUGGGUUUGCAUUCAUUCAUGCAAACUCCUUUGCCGAUAUAGUAGCCGUAGAGGCAGUUCCAGUGGAUCGAUUUGACCCAACCCUGGUUCAGAAGGGGCUCGCUGAGUUUCAACAGAAGCUGGCCAUUGCAUCAACUGACUUGGAGAAGGCGGAAGCUCAAAUCGGAGUUGAUGUGCACAGUGCUCUCAAUUCUGCACUUGCAGGCUAGUAACCAUAAAACCAGUAAUGAAUCUUUUGAAAAAAUGAGGUAAACAAGAAAACCAUAAAAACCCAAGAUUCUCAUUCCCUUUUGCAAGAUUCUUUUUUCCGCCUUUUUUUCUGGGUGAGACUUGGAAACUGUUCUAUGACAUGUUGAUGUUAUUUUCCAUUUUGAAUUGGGUAGUUUCUACCCCUCUUUUGCUUUGAAGUUGGCUGUGCAUGGUUCUGUUUCCUGUUUGUCUCAGGGGAAUAAAAUAAUUGGAUAAAGGAAUAAGUCAUGUGCACAUGUUCUGUGCUGUUGUCAUUUC